AUGUCAACACUCUAUCAUUACCACCAUUACAGACAGGCCGAACACAACAACAUCAGCGUACCACAGGCAGAAGGGGAAGAUGAGCACGCCGACCGGGGACCUGCGGUCUUGGCGGUGACGGCAGCGACGCUGACGCUGGCGUCGGUUUUUGUUGCGGCGAGGAUGGUGUCGCGAAUCGGGAUAGUCAGGAGGUUCGGGGCUGAUGACUACAUCAUCGUGCUGGCGUGGCUGAUCACCGUCUUUUUGAGUCUGAGUAUCAUUUUUGGAACCAUGAGGGGUUUAGGAAGGCAUGGGGACCAUGUAGAGGCUUGGAAGAUGCCUGGGCUGAAGAUGUGUGAAUAUGUUUUCAGCAUUCUCUAUAACCCGGCUCUCAUGGCGACGAAAUCCUCGGUCCUAAUCUUCUAUCUGCGGCUGGCGAAGAACACGCAAAAGAUUCUUAGGAUGGCUUCCUGGGGCGUGUUGGGCGUGGUGAACCUGGCGGGGGUGAUUCUGACAUUUAUGAACAUCUUUCAGUGCCACCCCAUCGCGGCAGCGUGGGACAUCAACACCCCGAUGAUCAGGUGCAUUCCCCUGCUCACCGAAUUCAUCUGCUCGGCUCCUAUCAACGUCACGACCGACCUGGCGAUCCUGGCGCUGCCAAUCCCGGUGUUGACCAGCAUGAGACUGCCGCCGAGGCAAAAGAUCAUUUUGAUCCUGACGUUCUCUCUCGGCAUCUUUGUGACGAUUGUGGAUGUGGUGCGUAUCUAUUACUUACAGAAAGCGAUUGACAUCACGUCUAUGAAUCCUUCCUCGAACAGGGAGGCGCUCUACGGACAGAGUCCCUCGUUUUCAUGGAAUGCGUCGCUCUCGUUGAUGUGGUCGGCCGUCGAGGUCAACGUGGGGAUUACGUGUGCGUGUAUUCCUACGCUCAAGCCGCUGAUUGUUAGGAUUCUGCCGGCUAUGCUGUAUGAUCCCAACGCUACGAGGCGGAGCACCACGCUCACGGGGGAUGAGCCGUCGCCUUUCAAGAACAACAACGAUAACAAUAGGGCUGGUGUUGAUGGGCUGGCAAACGCCGAGGGAGCUCCAGUCGACAUCGUGGGCCCUUCGCCAUUUACGCAAGCUGAUCCCCCAGCUUUUGUCAUCACCCCGCCAGAUGAGCGGUCGUCGGAAGAGAUCUCCAUCAGAGAUUUCUUGGCCGGUGCCGCGGGUUCUCGCGGACCUUCGUCUAGGAGAGUGUCGAUGGCCCAUAGCAUGAACUACGUCCCGCCUCCCCACCGAGACUCGGCUGCUACCGCGACAGCCGUCUACUUUGGCUUUGUUAAUAUGAAGAAGCCAAAGAGCAUGAUCCGGACCAACGCCACCGAAUCGUUCAAGUAUUGCACUAUCGUCUGCAUUCUCUUCUUCAUUUGGGGGUUCUCGUACGGCCUGCUCAACACGCUUAACAAUGUCAUCGCCGAUGUGGCGGGGAUGUCGUUUGCUCAGACUUUGGGCUUGACGUCGAUGUACUUUGGGGCUGGUUACUUUGCUGGGCCGCUUCUUGUUGGGGAGUGGUUGCUACGGCAUGACGAGCACCGCCGCUCUGGAAGAAAGGAACGCCCGGGUGUUGAGGCGAUAGGGGGGUUCAAGACGACGUUUAUUGUGGGAUUACUCAUUUAUGGCACGGGCACUAUCAUGUUUUGGCCCGGGGCAGUCCUGACCGCUUAUGGGGGAUUCAUGGUCAGCUCCUUUGCCGUCGGGUUCGGGUUAGCAGUCCUCGAGACAGCCGCCAACCCCUUUUUGAUCUUGUGCGGUCCCCCGGCGUAUGGAGAUCUGAGGCUCCUCCUCGCGCAGGGCGUCCAGGCAGUCGGCAGCGUCCUCUCCGGCCUUCUCGCCAACAAGGUCUUCUUCCGCAACCUCGAAAAAGAAAGCCACGGCGAACUAGAAGACGGCGAGAUGUCCCAAACCCUCAUUGACGUCCAAUGGACAUACCUCGGCGUCACUUUACUCUCGGUCCUCCUCGCACUUUAUUUCUAUUACAUGCCCCUCCCCGAGGUAUCAGACAGCGAACUCGCCGAGCUAGCCUCCAAGCUUCCCCUCGAACCAAAAAAGCGCUCCUUGGGCGGUUUCAAGCUCCGAAACUGGACCAUCUUCUUCGCCGUCCUCGCCCAAUGGUGCUACGUCGCCACCCAAGAAAACAUGUCGGUCUACUUCCACCAGCUCUUCAGCUCCUUUGCGUCUUACUCCCUCCCCGCAACAGCCAAAAGAGCGGCGGACUACCGCCCCCAGGGGCUGAAGUUCUCCAUCCUCAACUACCUCCUCAUCGCCCACACAGCCUUUGCCCUCUCCCGCUUUCUUGCGGCGGGGGUGGUCUACCUCAACGUUUCGAAACCUCACAUCCGACUCGUCCCCAAACCCCGCACGGUUUUGACAUUGUGCGUGUUUCUCUCUGCGGUCUUUGCGUUGGUCAUCUUGGUGUUUCCGCACACUGGCAACCCUAACUUGGUGGCUAUACCGCUCAUGUUGUUUUUCUUUUGCGAGGGUCCCAUCUGGCCUUUGAUUUUUAGUCUUGGGCUGAGGGGGCAGGGGGAGAGGACGAAGAGGGCGGCUGCGUGGUUGACCAUGGGGGCGUCGGGUCCGAUGUUUUGGCCGUUUGUGAGUUAUGCUAUCAGGGAGAGGGGCGGGUUGAGUGUGGAGUUGGCUGUGGGGAUACCGGUGCUGUGUUUGUUGGGGGGGUGUUUGGCGUAUCCGGUGCUGCUCGGGGCUGUGAGGGAUGGGAGGGAGAUGGUGGAUUUUGUUGUUCGGUGGGAGGAUGGUGGGGAUAAAGCCAAGGGGGGUGAUGAGGGAGGGGAGAAGGGGGCGGGGAUACUGGGGAGGUUCAAGGGGUUGAGGAGGGGGGGGGCGGAGGUGGAGUAUUGUGAGGAGAGUGGGCGAAGGGGGAGUGAUGACGAGGGAGACAAAGAUAAAGAGAAGGAACAGGGGGAGGAGACGGAGGGGAUGAGUUCUAGUGAGGGGACGGUGAUGUCUGCUGGAGGAGGGGGAGGGCUGGAGAAACCACCUCCUGUAAGGUCGAGAACGGGGAGUUCGGCAAGGUCAAUACCGCCCUGGGAGAGGAAUAUUCCUGGGUUGGAUUUGACGAUAUUGAAGGAUUGA